GCGCGCCAGCUUGCGAUCUAACAAAUUCAGUUUUGGCAUUGGGAUCGAAACGCUCAAAAUGGUGCUGUCUUCUGGCCCAAGAUUUGUGGAAAUCCCUCUCCGGGACACGGAUGAGGUGAUUGAAUUGGACUUGGAGCAGCUGCCCGAUGGGGAGGAAGUCCUGACAAUCUUGAAAUCAGAGAAUGCGCCACUCAAGACAUGGCUAGAACUUGGGUUGGAGUACUACAAGAAGGAGAGCGUUGAUGACUUUGUGAAGAUCUUUGCAUCAUGGCAGGCAGAUGCCAACCUGGAUUACUCAGGCAACGAGAAGGAUCAGAUGACUGCUCUAGAUACCCUAGCAGCUUACUAUGUACAGCAGGCUCGCAAGGAGAAGAACAAAGACUCCAAGAAAGAGCUCUUCACACAGGCCACACUCCUAUACACUAUGGCUGAUAGGAUCGUCAUGUACGAUCAGAACCAUCUACUGGGACGUGCUUGUUUCUGUCUUCUCGAAGGGGAUAAAAUGGACCAGGCUGAUGCUCAAUUCAACUUUGUUCUCAACCAAGCUCCUAAUAACAUUCCAGCUUUACUAGGUAAAGCGUGCAUCUCAUUCAACAAGAAGGACUGGAGAGGAGCGUUGGCUUACUACAAGAAAGCUCUCAGAACAAACCCUAAUUGCCCAGCGGCUGUGCGACUGGGAAUGGGCCACUGCUUCGUGCGUCUGGGUAAGCCUGACAAGGCUAGACUAGCCUUUGAGAGAGCUUUGCAGCUGGACCCUCGUUGUGUUGGAGCCAUUGUGGGUCUAGCCAUCCUUGAAGCCAAUGGGAAGGCUCCAGACUCCAUCAAGAAGGGUGUCCAACUACUCAGCAGAGCCUACACCAUUGACUCUGGCAAUCCAAUGGUCCUUAAUCAUCUAGCUAAUCAUUUCUUCUUUAAGAAGGACUAUACGAAGGUACAGCAUCUUGCUCUCCAUGCGUUACAUGGUACAGAGAAUGAAGCUAUACAAGCAGAGAGUUGUUACCAGCUAGCUAGAUCAUUCCAUGUACAGGGUGAUUAUGACCAAGCCUUCCAGUACUACUAUCAGGCGACCACGUAUGCUACCCCAAACUUUGUUCUGCCCCACUUUGGCCUUGGUCAGAUGUACAUUCACAGACGAGACACAGAGAAUGCAUCUCAGUGUUUUGAGAAGGUGUUAAAGGCUCAACCCGGUAACUACGAGACAAUGAAGAUCCUCGGUUCACUCUACUCAAACUCUAAAGAUGAAGAGAAGAGAGAUAUCGCUAAAGGUCACCUUCAAAAGGUCGUGGAGCAGUUUCCCGAUGACGUCGAGGCCUGGAUUGAGCUCGCUCAGAUUCUAGAGAUCACUGAUGUACAGACUGCCCUCUCUGCAUAUGGUACUGCUACUAGGAUUCUCAAAGACAAGGUCCAAGCCGACGUCCCUCCAGAGAUCCUCAACAACGUGGGCGCUCUUCACUAUCGCCUGGGUAACGUACAGGAAGCCAAGCGCUACUACGAGGCAUCUUUGGAACAUUCCAAAAGAGAAAGGGAGCAUGAUGAGAUGUACUACAACUCUAUCUCCGUGACAACGUCCUUUAACCUCGCCCGUCUCCACGAGGCCCAAUACAACAUGGAGAAUGCUGUCAAACUCUACAAGGAAAUCUUGAAAGAACAUCCAAACUACGUUGAUUGCUACCUUAGAUUGGGGUGCAUGGCGAGAGAAAGAGGUCAAAUCUACGAGGUUGAUUGGUUCAAAGAGGCUCUACAGAUCAAUCAGGAUCAUCCUGAUGCCUGGUCUCUGAUUGGCAACCUUCAUCUGGGCAAGCAAGAAUGGGGUCCAGGACAAAAGAAGUUUGAGAGGAUCCUCAAACAACCAGCCACUCAGAAUGAUACUUACUCCCUUCUUGCACUGGGCAAUGUGUGGCUACAGACCCUCUACCAACCAACCAGGGACAAAGAAAAGGAGAAGCGUCAUCAGGAGAGGGCGCUGGCUCGGUACAAACAAGUCUUGAGAAGCGAUAGCCGAAACAUCUACGCAGCCAAUGGUAUCGGAUGUAUCCUGGCUAUGAAAGGCUACAUCAGAGAGGCCAGGGACGUCUUCUCACAGGUGAGAGAAGCUACGGCUGAUGUAUCUGAUGUUUGGCUGAACCUAGCACACAUCUAUGUGGAGCAGAAGCAGUACAUCAGUGCCAUACAAAUGUAUGAGAACUGCAUCAAGAAGUUUUUCAAGUUCCACAACACGACUGUCCUGAGCUUUCUAGCGAGGGCGUACUUCAAGACUGGCAAGCUCAAGGAGUGCAGGCAGACAUUGCUCAAGGCCAAGCGUGUCUCUCCGCAUGACAGCCUGAUAACCUACAACCUCUCACUGGUCCUGCAGCGUAUCGCCAUGUAUGUCCUGCGUGAUGAGAAGUCCAACCUGAAGACCGUACUAGGUGCUGUGUCGGAGCUCAAGACUGCUCAGAGGUACUUCACGUACCUCAGUAAGUCAGGAGAUAGGAUGAGAUUUGAUCUGUCACAGGCUGGAACAGAGGCAAGGCAAUGCGCUGAUCUUCUAAGCCAGGCACAGUACCACGUACAGAGAGCUAGGAGACAGGAUGAAGAAGACAGAGCACUUAGACAGAAACAAGAAGAAGAGAGAGAGGCUCUGAAACAAAAACACCUUGAAAUACAAAUGGCCAAGAACAGGUAGAGGAAGAGGACGAAACUCUGAUUGAGAAGAGAAAUGAGCCAUUGAGAAGACCAAGUAUCUUGACAUUACCUGAUAUCAUCGAGACAAACCCAGAAGCCGCAAGGGAAAG